CAUUGGAAGCUUCGUUUCAACAAAUGAACAUGAGAUUAUUAUCUUUAGAAGGUGCAACUGGCAACACCAUGGCCAUGGGGAAUUCAGAAUAUCCUGUUGAAUGGAAAUUGAGAUCUGCUAAGGAUUAUACUUCGUACGCUGAGAAACGCAUAGCCAACAUAAAGCUUGAUAAUGAGUGGAGAAAAAAUUUCCUAUCUAUUGAAUUUCCUGGCGUGGAUAAAGAAUCUAAAGAAAAGAUUGUUUCAGCAAUUUUCAAGCAACGUUUAUGCGUCUCAAGUAUCAUCAAUACAAUUGCAAAGGAAACAAUUGGGAUCCAAAAAUUGAGUUAUCAAGCACUUGGUUGUCAUGGAAUUGCUGUGGCCACAGGCGGAUCAACGAAAAAUUCAAGACCAACAAUUGCCCAGGAAGAUGAAAAUAAAUUACGAGCUGUUGUUGGCUUCUUAGACAAGAUAUUUGUAUCAAAAAAUGGUUGGGAAUAUUUGGUUAGACGACCUGUUAAUCAAAUGGGACGGGAAUUCAAGUCAGGCAAACGUGACCAAGCUGAUAUUUCAACCUAUUUCAACAAAUCACCAAAACAGGUUAAGCUUGCAGCAUCCAACUCAGCUUCACCUCUUCAGCUUACUUCAACUAGUGAGGCAAACACAACCACACACCAUGCUAAGGCCAUAUCAGGAUCAAGUGUUGAUAAUUCCAAAGAUGAUGAAUCAAGAAAAAGCUCAAGCACCAGUAAGGAAAUGAGUACUGCUGUAGCGAAAGCUCCAGUUUUUUCAUCGAUUGGAAAUAUUAUCAAUACUUCAAAUACAUCUACUGGCACGGACUUUUUAUCAAUGUUCAACCGUGAAAAAACUGGAAGUUCAUACUUCUCGCGAACCUACCAAUGAUACAAUAAUACUGUAACCCAAAUACUUUUCUUAUCGAUCUCAUAUUGAUCUCAUAUUAUGAACUUAUACGCCUUUUGCUUUUAGAGAAGCACAUCUGAAUCAAACC